GAGAGCCGUUCUCUUAGACUUUCAGCAGCAGCAGCACGUCUCGCGAGGGUUCCGUCCGUAAGGGGCGGGUGGAAGGCCUUGAGUGACAGCUCCCGGAGGCGGGGAAGGAAAGGGUGUAGGUGGUCAAGAUGGCGUCGGAGGGCGAGCUGGGCAGGAAGUGGGACCGGUGCUUGGCUGACUCUGUCGUCAAGCUGGGUGCUGGUCUGGGGCUGGGCAUCGUCUUCUCGGUGAUCUUCUUUAAAAGGAAGACGUGGCCUAUCACAUUUGGGUCAGGAAUGGGUUUAGGAAUGGCAUACUCAAACUGCCAACACGACUUUCAGGCUCCGUAUCUUCUCCAUGGGAAAUUUGUCAAGGAGCAAUGACAGGCGUCCGGUGGCAGAGGGACGGGGAGACCUUGCUGCAUCCUCUGGAGGGUCAUCCUGCCCCGGCACGAAGGCAGAGCUCUUCCCGAGUGGUCACCUGACGACGCUCUUUUCUACAGCCAGCUUAUUUAUGCCUGAAACCAAAUCUCGUUUUGUUAUCUUCUGUUGGAGACUGCAAGGAAGGUGCUGUUCUGAGAAAAUAAAACCCAAACGACACACACACACGUGUGCGCUCCCCUCUCCACA